AUGGGUUUGAAAGAUCUGAAAAACUCGAAGUAUAUUAUAGAUCGCUUCCGGGCGGAUAUCCACCCAGGCGCUCAAGUCGAAGCCUACGCAACCCAUGACUGGGUCAAUGAUCCUUACUCGAAGGGUGGCUGGGCCUGUUGGGGGCCGGGGUGUGCGUCGACCUUUCUUCAGGAACUCCAAAGCCCUGAUGGGAGAGUCGUUUUUGCAAGCGCUGACUGGGCAGAUGGAUGGAGAGGUUUUGUUGAUGGAGCAAUCGAGCAGGGUCAACAAGCCGCCCAAAAUGUCGUGGCGCUUUUGCAGUCGGAGGCUGAAAUACUGCGACCAAAGCUUUAA